GCAUGGAAGAUGUAAUAAAAGAUCGUAGAUAUCAAACCAAUAAAAGAUUUUGACUUUACAAUUACUCCUCCCGCUAUAUUCCAUGUUACGACAUCAUUGUCUCCUUCAUUUUCGCUCGCUCUCAUCGGCUCUUCCUCUUCCUUCCCGACGAACCCAAACCCAUCUCAUCCAAUGCAAUAACAAGAUUCAUCAACUCGCCAAACUCGGCCGAGUUCACGAGGCGCGCCAGGUGUUCGACUCAAUGUCCCAACGAGAUUCCAUCUCCUGGAACUCCAUGAUCACCGGAUACACCCGGAACGGUCUGUUGCCCGAAGCUCGCGCGCUUUUUAAUUCUUUCCAAGGCAAGAAUGUCGUUACUUGGACGACUUUGUUGACCGGGUUUGCGAAACAUGGGCUCGUGGAUGAAGCUAGGAGCCUGUUCGAGUCAAUGCCGGAGCGUAGUGUCGUUUCUUGGAAUGCCAUGGUUAGUGGGUACGUGCAAAAUGGUGACCUGAAGCGAGCUAAAGAGGUGUUUGAUGAAAUACCUGAGAGAAACAUCGCGUCGUGGAAUUCAAUGAUCACGGGAUAUUGUCGUUGUGGAAUGAUGAGUAAAGCUCGUGAGGUUUUUGAUCAAAUGGAGGAGAAGAAUUAUGUAUCUUGGAUGGUUAUGAUUUCGGGGUAUGUUGAGACGAGCGAGUAUCGAGAGGCGUGGGGCCUGUUUUUGAUGAUGUUGAGGUGUGGAAUGAGGCCGGACCAGGCUAUCUUUGUUGUUGCUUUAUCAGCGGUGACUGGAGUUAAAGCGCACCGAUUGGUUGAGAGUUUGAGAACUUUCAGCGUAAAGAUAGGAUAUGAGGAUGAUGUAGUUGUGGGGAUGACGGUUUUGAAUGCUUACACAAGAAGCGGGAGCUUGGAUAGUGCUAUAAAAUUUUUCGAGACAAUGCCUGAAAGGAACGAGUACACGUGGUCCACAAUGAUUGCGGCGUUUUCGCAACGUGGCAGAUUAAAUGACGCCCUCUCAUUGUAUGAGAGGGCUACUGAGAAGGGAGUUGCUACACGGACGACGAUGAUGGCUGCAUAUGCUCGGAGUGGGAAUAUUCAUGAAGCCAGACACAUGUUUGAUGAGAUUAUCAACCCAAGUGUGGUUACGUGGAAUGCAAUUAUCGCUGGAUAUGCUCAGAACGGAAUGCUUGAAGAAGCAAAAGAUAUGUUUAUGAGAGUGCCCCUUCACAAUUCUGCUUCUUGGGCAGCCCUUAUAUCUGGGUUUGCACAGAGCGGACAAUACAUAGAAGCUCUGAAUUUGUUUGCUGAACUUCAUAGAUCGGGAACCGACUUAAGCCGUUCAUGUUUCACUAUUGUUCUCUUUGCUUGUACAAAGUCUGGAGAUGUUGAGAUUGGUCAACAGAUACACUCACUUACCAUCAAAACAAGGUAUCAAUUCAAUUUGUUUGUCGGAAAUGGCUUGAUCUCGUUGUAUGGAAAGUGCAAAAACAUAGAAGACAUUUCACAAGUUUUCAGUAUAAUGCGAGCGAGAGACCGUAUAUCUUGGAACCCGCUCAUUACUGGUCUUCCGCGCAAGCACAUGUUGAAGGAAGCUCAAACGAUUUUUGAUAAGAUGUCAAAAUGGGAUGUGGUAUCUUGGACUUCUAUCAUAUCAGCUUAUGAGCAGGCAGGGAAAGUAGAAACUGCCUUCAAGUUGUUCCUUGAAAUGUUGGCCAGAGGUACGAAACCAAACGAAUUAACAGCUGUAAGCCUCCUAAGUGCUUGCGGGAGUCUUGGUGCAACAAGACUUGGGGAACAGAUACAUGUCAUGAUCCGCAAACUUGGACUGAAUUCAUGCUUGGGCGUGUGUAAUGCGCUGAUGACGAUGUACUUCAAGUGUGGGAGUCUAGAUGGCCUUUACAUCUUUGAAAAGAUGCCGGACCGAGAUAUUGUAACAUGGAAUGCUGUUUUAGCUGGCUGUGCACAAAACGGAUUAGGUAAAGAAGCUGUUAAGAUUUUUGAACAAAUGCGAGGUUCUGGGGUUUUGCCAAAUGAAAUCACUUUUCUGGGGCUUUUAACCGCUUGUAGCCAUGCUGGACUUGUAAGAAAGGGAAGUGCGUAUUUCAAUUCCAUGAGCCAAGAUUAUGGAAUUACCCCGUUGGUUCAUCACUAUACCAGUAUGAUUGAUCUCCUUGGCAGAGCAGGGCAGCUAACUGAAGCCGAAGCUUUCAUUGAAAACAUACCCGUGAAAUUAGAUUCGGCAAUUUGGAAAGCCCUUCUUGCUGCUUGUAGGAUCCACCGUGACAACAAAGUUGGCCAGAGAGUGGCUGAAAGGCUUUUCAAAAUGGAGCCGCAAAGAUCCGGGACCUAUGUUUUAUUAUCAAAUAUGUAUGCAUCUCAAGGUAUGUGGGAGAAGGUACGGGAAAUGAGAGAGUUGAUGAAAGACGAUGGAGUUUCCAAAGAACCUGCAGUUAGCUGGAUUCAGAUAAGAAAUAAGGUGCAUUGUUUUCGAAUGGGGGAUAAGGCACAUUAUGAGUUUAAAGAGAUCAACACAAAACUGAAUGACUUGUACCAGAGCUUAAAAGCAACAGGUUAUCUGCCAGAUACAAACUCUGUUCUUCACGACGUCGAAGAGGAGCAGAAACAGGAUGAGCUUCACUACCACAGUGAGAAGCUUGCAGUUUUGUAUGGGAUCAUGCACACACCAGAUCGGUGUCCAAUUCAAGUUUUGAAGAACCUCCGAAUAUGUGGGGACUGUCACUCGUUUAUGAAAUUCGUCUCCAAACUUUCCCAGCGAAAGAUUGUUAUCCGAGACGGAAACAGAUUUCACCAUUUUCAAGAUGGCUCGUGUUCCUGUGGGGAUUAUUGGUGAUGUUGGACGAUCAGAAAUCUUAGUUCUUUUGUGAACUGAACAUAUGAUAAGUAGUACGAAUCACAGGAUUUAUGCUAAGUUUUGGUUCUUGUACAAAUUCCAGUCGGGCUUUCUUGUUGUUAGCUUGUUGUUAGCAUGGGCGACUUGAUGAGAUUUAUACUUGUAUUGAUUAAAUAAGAACGUAGCACAUCUUAUUUCGUGUUUAUAAACUGUAGGGGAAUAUGCACAGGGUGGCUAACACGAAGUCUGC